ACCUUGAAUAAACAAUUCAGUAAAGCGACUGACUGCAGGACUCAAGAGCAGUAGAAAACCGCACAUACGGGGAAUAGACGUGGUUAGCCCCGGUUAGCCCCAUUUAUGUUUACGUUUUUUUUAUAUCUGAUUUGUUCUUAAAGAGAAAUAUCGCACGCAUGUUUCCGACAGUUCCCUAAAUGCAGCAGCAUUUUCAACGGGAAUCUCGUCUUUCGCCAUCUGAACAGGACUACCACCAACUGACCCUGUGGAUAGAAUUACUGGAUGUGAACAGUUUUUUUAAUCACAGCACUGGAACUCUGGAGUGUACAUCCAGUGCCAUGAAAUCCCAUGAGGCUGACUGCAUAAUGAUCCUGUACGUUUCUUAACAGUGGCAAGAAUGAUUAUAAACAACAGUCGUGCUUAGCUCUUGUCUCUUGCAUGGGGGGGAUGGCUUGUGGAGCUACAUUAGGCCUUUCUCAUACCUAAAAAAACAGUUUUCUGAGCUAAAACCUGUAAAGACUCUUGGCAGAAAGUAACAAACAUUUUCCCCUUAAUUGUGGUGGCUAACCAUACAAAGGAUUAUAGUAUUGAACAUGACUCAUGGGGAAGAGCCUGGCCCUGAAACACACCAGGAUUCUGCUGUAUUAACAUAUUUGGAAGGCUUACUCAUGCAUCAGGUAGCAGGAGGACAGGGUGCUGCAGCAUCACAAAGUGGGAGCCAGGAGCAGAGGAAUAAGGAGGGGACAGGGCAUGCACAAGCUUAUCAUGGCACUCAACGGGAACAGAACCAAAAGAAUUCUCACUGCGGAGCCUCACAGCACCUCAAAAAGGCCCGUCUACUCAACUCAGAGACCUGGACAGAGAGAGAGAUUCAACAGAGGUCAGCACCCCCUGUUCCACUCAAUGGGCAAAAUGAAGACCACCACAGAGGUCCGAAUGGCUCCUCACAGGAUAAAGGAGAAAGUACACUUCUAGCAAGUUUGCUCCAGUCUUUCAGUUCUCGACUUCAGAAUGUGACCCAGUCACAGCAGAUUAUCCCAGGCUUGAGGCCACAAGAUGCCGCUUGCCAGAUAAGCAAGCCUGCACAAGAGGAGAGGGCAAAUGGGCCUUGCCACAGACCUGCCUCGAGCCACCUCAAAGGGCUAGUGAGCAAGAGCAAAAUUAAGAAUCACAGCAACAGUGUGCCUUAUCAACGUAGACGGUCAAGCCAGGAAAGUUUUUCGGAAUCACCCAAGGCACGAAAGAGCAGUACUCCUUCCCCAUCCCCAGAAUCUCUUUCAUGUACCGAGCGCCUAAAGGCUGUGGCAAACCUGGUAAAUAUCAGAUCAAGCCCUGCUCCAUCACCCAAACCAAGUGCUGUCUGUAGUCAACUGGCUCUCUUGCUCUCCAGCGAGGCUCAUCUGCAGCAGUACUCACGAGAGCAUGCCCUAAAGGCCCAACUAUCUGGACGAGCAGCCAGUGAAAGACUUUCAGCCAUGGCCACACAGCAGACACAAGAUAAGAAACAGUCUACCACUUCCAGCCAGACUCAUGGACUAAGCCUCCUACACACCCAGAAUGGGAUACCUUCACAAAUGUCAACUAGCUCCAGCAGACAGAGUCCAAGUCUAACUUCAGAGCACAAAAGUCCAGAAGGUUCCAUGCGGACAGGACAUCACUUCAGAGAGCGACGACCUUUUGAGAAACAAGGCAGACCAUCACAGAAUUGCAGCAGUCUCCUCCUUCAGCUUCUCAACAGCCACAACACAUCACAGCGAAUUCAUGGGCAAGGUCACUUGAAAAAUGACCUCAACACAUUUGGCCCUCUGGGCUCUCCUCUUUUUUCAGACAGUGAGCACUCGAACCCUGACAGUAGUCUCACUAAAGACAGCAGUGAUGCUGAGAGCACUUACUCUAGUUGCUCUCCUAUUGACCUGUCUCUGAAGAACAGAACACAUGCACAGACACCAGUAUCUACUUCAUCCUCACCUGCAUUGGACAGGGUCCCAGAUUCUUCAUUGUACAGGUGGACACCUGACAGUCCACCUGUCAAAUUUCCCACAGAUCACAGGGAGGUGGAUGCCUGUUCAGAGAUGAAACCUCAUCACAAGGUCACUCUUUUACAGUUACUUUUGGAUCACAAAAAUAACGAAAGAGUAAACAAAGGUUUAGAUAAUCCAGAUUUGCUGCGAGCUGUAAUCCCUAAGGUCACUAGAGCAUCCACAAGUAGCCAGAGUGAUUUCAGUACAGCUAGGUGUAAGGACACAAAUGAACUUGGCUCAAACUGUGGAUUGAAUUGUAGAAGCCCCAAACCCUUGCCAACGUUCUCCCAAAGCCAGGACUCGAACAGCAGUGCAUCUUCAUAUACCCUUUAUGGGUCUCCCAAUUCACAGUCUGUGCCCUUGGAUCUUUGUAAAGCUAAACCACCUACAAGUGAUAUAAGAGUUAAAGAACCUGCUUUCAGUGCUAGUAAAUUGUUACAGAAUUUGGCUCAGUGUGGAAAACAAACCCCAACCAUUUCUCCUCCAGUGAAGGCACCUUUACCCCCUAUCAAACUCAUGACGCAAGAGCUGAAAGUUAACCAUCCUCCAACUUUACUGGAGAGACUCACUGCACCUAUUCAUAGAAAUAACAAUCCAUUGUGGGAAGAGGCCAAGCCAAAAACUUCAACUUUGCCUGAGGCAACACAGCAUGUCGCCGAGAUUGAGAAUCUGCUUGAGAGACGCACAGUUCUACAGCUUCUUCUAGGGAAUGCUCCUCUGAAAGAAAAGGUUAGCAGUAAACGAAAACAAGAAUAUGGAAAGAACAAUUCUAUGGAAAAAACGAUAAAUCAGGCAAUAGACCAAGGUAAAGCAAAUGGUCCUUCAAUGGACAUUUCAUUCAAAACUGAGCCAGUAGAAGGUCAAAUGAUUGACUAUAAAAAAAUGUCAAAACAAUGCCAGAAUGUAAUGAUAAAGCCUAGAAAAAGCACCAGUUGUCUUGCACAUGAAGACAUUAAGCAAGAACCAUUGUCCCCAGAGGCUGUCUACAGAGAUGGUCUUCUUUGUCAUCUCCUAAAACAGCGGCCUUACCGAACCCUUCAGUCAAACAAGUUAGAGGACCUAAACAAGGCUUGUAUAAAGGAAGAAUUGGUGGAAACCCAGGGACCAACAAUCCCAAAGAAGCGUAAAUUUCUGGUAGAAUUAGAAGAUCAUAACACAUUGAGUCAACAGGGCAGGUAUUUAGACCAUUCUGAUUGUGUAAAUGACAAAAGUGGUUCUGCCGAUGGAGGCCUAGAGACCCGAGAGGCCAGUGAACCUUCUAGUCCCCCAGAGGCAGGCGGUCCACCAGCUAGAUGUCCACCAGCUAGAUUUCCACCAUUUGAGUCUAAUGAAAACAGAGGUUUCAAUGUUCUAAAGCAGCUGCUGCUUUCAGACAACUGCUUAAAGGAAUUGUCUCAGCCAAGGGGUACAUGCAGUUCAUUGACACAUACUGUGCUGAAUGGGAAUACAAUCAAGCAGCCAUGUAUUGAUGGUGAGCUUCAAAACUUUCCCCAAAGUUUGAGGCCUAGCAAUGCAUCUUCUAAGAGAGUAAGCGGUUACAGACCUAAAUCUCCCCAGGAGGCAAAAACUGAUAAUGCCACAAUAAAGGACUUGAAGGGCUCUACAAGGAUGGUUAAUGGUGACGGUCAAACACAAAAAUAUGAGUCAGACUCACCUCGGUUUACCAAGACUAACCCUAUUUUGUACUAUAUGCUCCAGAGGAGCAAUGCACAUCUUGUUAAAGAGGGGGAGGAGCUGGAAGAAGGCUCGAGACAAAUGCAGACAAAGGUUAAAAAUGAGUUGUCAAGUGAAACGGAGUCCUUUGAACUUUAAUACUGAUUAAAAUUCACAGAAUUACAAUGGAACACCUAGUUGUGACUCCCCACUGCUAAACGGGUCAUUGAAGAAAUGCUAGUUUUGAGACUGUGAACCAGCAUCUGUGCUUGGACAAGAAAUUUCCUUUUUUUUCUUCUCUUCUGCAUAUUCACUUUGUUUAAAUUGGGCCAUCUAGCAUUUUUCCAUGUUAAUUACAUUUAAUUUAGUUCACAAAGAGACCGUGUAACCAAAGUUAAUUUAAAUCGCGCUACUACCCAAGUUAUAACCGGCAAAAUAAAUACAUGUUUUCUAUGAAACGUGUGUGUAACAGAAUUGCCCUUGUGUAUUUGUAACAAUAUCAGUUCUCACUCCAUUUUCCACACAUGGUUAGACUUUUGGCCACAGGCAGUAAGUUACGAUGCACUGAUGCAUAUGAUGUAUAAGCAGAUUGUGCCUCAGCCUUUGGAAGUGAAUUUCUUUUCAUUUAGAAUGGAAAAAUGAAAAAUAAAUAAAAGUGUAUUCUUUUGUCUCUGCCAGGAAGGCUUUAAAUGUCAUAGUCUUUAUACAAACAUUCAAAUCAAUGAAAUCUGUUGCCUUUUAUAAAAAGAGAGAUGUGUCUCUUUUUGGCUCUGUGUUGGUCAGAUAAACUGAAAGCAAAGUUAAAGCUGUAUAUUCAUGCUGUAUAACAUAUUUGGAUAAGAUGGAAUAUGAAUCCAUCAGUAUUAAAACAUGGUAUCUUCAUAUCUGUAUGGUAUGUGGUGUGUAUACUUUAUUAUUGAUGUCCUCUUUCAUUUCUGUCUCACUCUCUCUCUGAAAAAAAUGUUGUGUGCUUUAUUGUUUAUUCUGCUUCUUAGCAUUUACAGUGAUCGAUUUUUACAAUACACUAGAAGAUGAUGAAUGGAAAAUCAAAAAAAGCUACAACAAAUGACUGCUCUUUUGGUCAUCUGUUUUGUAUACAUGUAUUUUAUUAACUGGUCUUGGUAUUAGCAUGUGUCAUAAGAUGUUUGUUCUAUUAUGCAAGAGAUUGUUGCAUCACCUUAAGACAAAUCAACCCAAUCACAGCUGUCCGUCACAGCAGUCUGUUAUUGUAAUGGAAGUAUUGAUCUAUUAAAGGGAGUGUUGUGGUAAGGCCAUUCCCACGAAAAUAUGUUUGCUGAAAUUAUAUUUACAGUCUUAAGUUUGACAUGUUAUUUUUCAUCAAUCUUAAAAGACUUGUUAAAACUAUAUGUACAUAGCAUAAUCUUUGUGAAAGACAGUUAUUUUGUAUGAAUGAAAAGAAAAGCAUUUUAGUUUUGAAAUUUCUUAGAGACUUCAAAGUAAAUGCCAUGUGAAUAUGUAUAUACUUUAGAGGAUGAUUUUUUGUCCUUCUUUUGCAUGUGUCUCCUGAUGAAACUAUGAUAAUCUGUUCUGCAACAUCUUGUGUUAUGUCAGAUGUUAAAAUUACACUGCUGCCUGUUGCAUGCAAAUGCAUGAGAAGGUUCCCAUGUAUUAAUGGACAUGGGGAAAUUCAAAGUCUUAAUCAUAUAUAUAUAUAUUUUGCCAUGGAGCCCAAUACAUAAAAUGUGAUCUGUAUGUUUGUCAUGAGAACUAGACUGCUGGUCAAACUGUCUGAACUUUUACAACAAAUGUGCAUAUGAAGAUAUUUAUUUUGUUUUUACUCAAUUUUAUUUUGUAAAUGGUGAAAACAGGUUAGAAUUCAUGUCCUGUACUCUACAGUACACUGAUGCUUCAAUGACUUAAAUUGGUUUUAAAAUAUUGUGUUUAUGCAGGUUAAGUAUUAUAUGAGUAUUAUUGUGUUUCAUUAUUUUGAAAGAAUAUAUAUUUCAUUUGGGUGUUUACUUGCACAGAUUUUGAAUAAAGUUCUGAA